GGGAGAAACUGAUGAAGAAGAGAACAAGGAGGACAGAAGGAAUCAAUAGACUGUGAACCAUACUAUAAAUACUGCUGACUUGUUUCUUGGCAGAAAAAAACCCACAGCUGAAUAUGAUUAGGAUUUAACCAAGAAGGAAAUCCAGGCUGACAGACAGCAUUAUUCUGUCUUUGUUAUAUAUCUUUGAAAAACAAGGAUUUUUUUUAAAGAGCAUGUAUUUAUACUUGCGCUUUCUUUAUGUCAUUCUGGUUCUUAGCAUUGCAGGCUUUCUUAUAUUUUAUCUUCUUAAUUUAAAAGAGCAAAACAGCCUUCACAGGCUCAAUGUGGCAAACAGUUCUGCCUUAGCAAAGGUGUGCAAUGGAAUUGUAGAAGGAAAGGCAUCUUCUCUAUGGAAAAUAUCAGGCUCGUCAUUAUCAUCAUCCCUGUGGAGAUUUGCUUGCAAAGAAUAUUUUAUUCAGAAUCACUAUGUAACAAGCUCUCUCUCUGCAGAGGAAGCUGUAUUUCCGUUAGCUUACGUCAUGACUCUACAUAAAGAAUUUGAGACCUUUGAGAGACUCUUCAGGGCUAUUUAUAUGCCCCAAAAUGUGUACUGCAUCCAUGUGGAUAAGAAGGCACCAGCUCAGUUUAAGCAAGAUGUGGAGAAGUUAGUGAGCUGUUUCCCUAACGCUUUUCUUGCCUCCCAAAUGGAGCUAGUGGUUUAUGCUGGCGUAUCUCGACUUCAGGCUGAUCUGAACUGCAUGAAAGACCUCCUGGAAUCAAGGGUGCAGUGGAAAUAUGUUCUCAAUGUGUGCGGGCAAGAUUUCCCCUUAAAGACCAACAGAGAAAUAGUUUGGUACCUGAAAGGCUUUAAAGGGAAAAACAUCACCCCUGGAGGAUUGCCUCCCAUUCAUGUUAUUGGAAGGACCAAAUACAUCCACAGGGAACACAUAGGAAGUGACUCAUCAUAUAUGAUAAACACCCAAAGGUUGAAAAUGCUGCCACCCUACAAUCUAACCAUCUACUUUGGCUCUGCUUAUAUUGCUUUGACAAGGAAAUUUAUCACAUUUGUUCUCAAAGAUCAACGUGCUACUGACUUGCUUGCUUGGUCCAGAGAUACCUACAGUCCAGAUGAACAUUUUUGGGUGACACUUAAUAGGAUACCAGAGCUUCCUUCCUCUCCUAAUCUGUGA